AUGUCGGAUCGGAUGUCCAGUCCGUCGCGGCCCACGAGCCCCGUGGGACCUCUUCCAGAUAUUGCUACGGCGCGUCCCGCAUACAGGUUUAACUGGGACGCAUCGCGUCGGCAAGGUCCAGGGAGCAUCUCAGAGACGACGGAAGGGAGAGGCGACUAUUUCAAUGCUACUCCUCGAGUCGACAUCUACGGCACAGCGUCUACAAGCGUUGUGAACGCCGUGCCAUCCCAAUGGAGUAGCUCUAAGCACGGAUUCCAUGCCAUCUCGACCGUUGUCAACAAUCCACACAAACGGUCCGAUCCCCCCAAAGCGCACGCGGCAGUCCCGUCUGUCCCUCUCGCCGACCUCCCUCGUGUACGACGGAAGGAUUUCGAUGCAUACCUGAAGGCAAUUGGUCCGGAGUGGGAUCGCUUCCAAAAAAGCGUUGAGCUUGGGCGCGAAGGGGCCGCUCAAAUUGGCACAGCAUCGGCAUCCUCUUCUGCACUAAACCCGUCCUCACUAGACGUAGACUUUUCUGUCCCAGAGACACCACGGACACCGCGCCUUACUAAAGCCCUCCCUCCACUCACCUCUAUUCCCCAGGUGUUUUUUGACCCGAAAUUCAACCUCGGCGACCCUCGCACUUUCAAUGCCGUCGCGGAAACAUCCUCCUUCACAUCCCACUCGCUGCCCUUUUCAGACCCAACGACCCCAACGACCCCAUUCGAUCCAUCUGCCCUCGCUCACUCCCUCCCUUUACUUGAGAAGCUGUCUCAUCACGCGGACACUCUCGAGCAACAUCUUGUGCACGAGAUAGCCCGCCGCGCCACGCCGUUCUUUGCCGCUCUCACGAAUCUUCAGGAUUUGCAGGCCGAGUCCUCACGUUGCCUUGCGCGCAUUCAGUCGCUGCGGUCUCAGCUGCAAGAUGUAGACAAGCAUGGGGCGAUGCGCGGGCUUGAGGCAGUCCGGCGAGAGGCACGGCUGGGGCAUUUAAAGCGAGUCCGAGAGGGUGUGCGAUUUGCGGGGGGAGUGGUAGAGAUGGUGGGGUUGGCUAGAAACUUAGUCGGUGCAGGGCAAUGGGGAGAAGCUUUGAGUGUGGUAGAAGGUCUAAAGAUGAUGUGGGAGUCGACAUCACAUCCUUCUGCAAAAAGCAGUCAGCCGCCAAACGGACUGCUACAACCCGUAUUGGAGGAACCCCCAGAUAAUUGGGAGAGCACCUCGACUGCGUCUGGGACCGCGCCGAAGUCUUCGGCAGCGGUACCGCUGUCUCAGCUCAAGGCGUUCGCUUCAUUACCCAGCCAGCUUCAGGUCCUGACGCUAGAAAUAGCUGCAUCAUUAACCACAGAUGUCGUCGGUGUGCUGAAGGUCGACCUUGUUCAGCGCGUGCACGGUUCGCGUGAUCCCGCGCAAGCGAGUUCACAUACCGAGCUACGCGACCGGCUGCGACCCCUUGUACUCGGGCUUGUGAGGACGCGGAGCGUACGAGAGGCGAUGUCAGAGUGGAGAGGCGUUGUGCUGGGUGAGGUCAAGGGAGUCAUCAAGCGACAUAUACCAGCAUUCGACCUUGAAGAUGAAGACCCAAAAACGUCUCGAAAGGGGGCAUCAGAUCGACCCUGGGUGGGUGAUGUGCGGACCAUGGCCCAUGAUGUGUUUUUGGACCUGCUCCGUGGAGUCUACACAGAUUUUCUUGGCUGCAUAGAAGGUCUCCAAGAUUUGAACGGCGUCUUUCUCGAAGUUCUCGAGGCCAUCUCACAACCAGACAUACCUGUGGAUAUGGCUGCUGCACAAGACGCCUUGUUCGACAUUUUGUCGUCCUCUGCAGAGAACGCCAACUUAUUGGCUUCGAAGGCACUGUCGGCCCGCGCGGAGCAACACUCCAAGCUUGAGCUCCGCGAAUUCGUCGAGUUGUUCAACGAGAGCUGGAGCUUUGUCGUUCGAUGCGAAGUGAUUUGCAGACGCAUGAUCGUCGGUCUCCGUGGCGUCGUCGUCGGACAAGCCAAAUCGUUUCUGCAAACCUUCCAUCAAUCUAGGAUAUCGCAGUCCGCCAAAUUGGUCGAAGACGAACAGUGGUCGCAAGCGGAUGUCCCACAAUCGCUGCAACACAUCGCCGACAUUCUAGUAGACGCCGCAGUCCACGAUCCUCACGAUUUUGUCUUAAGAAUAGCCCCGGCGGUCUCUGGCCCUCCUCCUUCGCCCCUCCCUCGGCUAUCGACGCUCAUGCCGCCAUAUUCCCCGUCAUCCUCUCGACCAUCUUCGCCCUUAUCCCCCCGCUCUUCUUUGCCCCGCCCCGUCUCCCCUCGUCCCGUCUCUCCCCGCCCUCCACCAAACGGCACAUCGUCAUCUAAGCCAAGCAAACAUAUCCGUAUCGAGGAACGCAGCUACUUUGCUGUCUCCGCGACGCAGGAGGCGCUGAUCCUGCUCACGGAUUAUCUCAAGGUCAUCGUGAACCUCAGUCUCCUGACUACGGACACUAUGAGUCGCGUGAUCGAGUUCCUGAAGGCGUUCAAUUCGAGAACGUGCCAGGUCGUGCUCGGUGCGGGCGCGAUGCGCAGCGCAGGCUUGAAGAACAUCACAGCCAAGCAUCUCGCACUUGCCUCUCAGUCGCUAUCGAUCAUGAUCGCACUUAUUCCCUAUGUGCGUGAAACAUUCCGGAGACACCUGAAUCCGAAGCAAGCGGUAAUGCUGGUCGAGUUCGACAAGCUCAAGCGGGACUACCAAGAGCACCAGAACGAGAUUCAUGCCAAGCUCAUUGCCAUCAUGGGCGAUCGUCUUGCGGCCCAUAUCAAGUCAUUACAGAGCGUACAAUGGGACGUUCCUCCUGCCAAACCGGGAGUCAACGAUUACAUGGAACUGCUGGUCAAGGAGACAGUCACGCUUCACAAGGUCCUAUCUCGGUAUUUGUCCAGUUCCGUUGUGGAGUAUGUAAUGUCGCAAGUGUUUGCUGCCAACAAUCACCGGUUAUCCGAGGAAUACAUCAAGAUCGACCUACCGUCUCUAGAGGCAAAGGAGCGCCUUCUGGCAGAUGCCCGCUUCUUGCACUCAAAACUGUCGAGCUUGAAGAACGUCAGCGCGCCCACAGGGAUGCUAGAAACCGUCGUCUCAGAGAAGCGUAUCGUCGGGCAGCCGACGUCACCCCUCCCCGAGAUGCCCUCCUCUCGUCCCCCGCCAACAAAACGCACGUCGCUGUUCGCGAACGAGCGGAUCAAAACCAUGCUCUCGCGCUCGACGGAGAAAGCCCUUCCUACGCCGAUCGCCACAGUGCCGAUACUACCCACAACGUCAGAGUCUCACCCAAACUCUCCGCUACCUCCCACUGUCAAUGGAAAUGGGCUCCCCGCAAACGGCAGCGCCGUAGAGUUGUCUACGCCCAUUCCCUCAGAAAAGGUUGGCUUCAGGCAGGUGGCGAUUGUAGACGCGACGGAAGAGAAGACCGAGCAAGGAGAACAGGCGACUCCGCCGCCAAUCCCAGCUAAGGACAUUCCUCCCGCUCAAUCUGCACCUGUCUCGAUUCAGGAACAUGCCUCUUCGGAGUCACCGGAGGCACUCAAGGAGCCCUUGGUGUCAGCUGUGCUUUUUGCGGAGCCAGACUCGAUAGAGGAAGAAGGGGCAAUAGGCGAGCAGAGUGGAACCACGGAGAGGCUGUAAAAUGGACGUUGGACGUGGAUCAUCGUGACUCGGUUGUAAAUCUGGGACUGUGUUCAUUCUUGCUCGGUGGAUCUCUUUUGCUUCUGCUCAUUCCUGUUAUUGUCCAUAUAGUACAUGCAUAUUAUCAUCUAUUCUGAAAUCACAUCAAAUGUUUCUCUUGCUAGCCA